CCAAGGCCAGUUAAUAAAGCUAGUAGUUACAGAGAUUUUGAGGGAAUUGAAGAAAGCUCAUCUUCUUGUGACCGACAACUUAGUUGGGAUUGAGGAUCGCUUGGAGGCAGUCAUCCGAUUGGUUGAUGUUGGCGCGAGAGAUGUAAGGAUGAUUGGGAUAUGGGGUAUGGGAGGCAUCGGUAAGACGACUCUUGUGAAGGUCAUCUACAAUCAGAUUUUGGAUCAAUUUGACGGUCGUAGCUUCCUCAAUGACAUUCAUGAGUCGGUAAAACAGAAUGGUCUUAAGUACCUGCAAAGUCUGCUAGUUGCUGAUUUCUUAAGGCGUGAACGUCAGGAUUUCACUAGUGUGGAUGAGGGAACUGGGGAGCUUAAGCGCAGGUUCCGUGACAAGAGAGUCUUCAUUGUUCUCGAUAUUGCUUGCCUCUUCACAGGCAAGCAAUAUCAAGAAGCAGAUAUUUUUGGAUAUUGCUUGCCUCUUCACAGGAGAAGAUAAAAAUAUUCCCUCAUCUAUGUGGAAAGAUUGCAAUUUCUUCCCGGAAGGUGGAAUUGACAUCCUCCUUCUAAUGUCUCUGAUUAAGAUUGUACCGGAUAACAAGCUGUAGAUGCAUGAUCAACUCAAAGAUCUCGGUCGGGAAAUUGUCCGGAAAGAAAAUUAUGGACAACCAGGAAAACGCAGUAGGUUGUGGUACUAUGAAGAAGCAAAGGAUGUAUUGGACAAUUCUGAGUUGUUUGUGGAGCAGGGUACGGAGAAUGUUUUAGCCUUCCAUCUUGAUUUUAGAGUUGGGUUCGAAGACUGCCAUUUCACCGGCGAGCAGUUUAGAAAGCUAUCAAAGUUGAGGUUCCUCCAUUUACAUUGUGAUGCUCUGGAAGGAAAUUUUGAUGGCUGCUUAUCGAACUUGAGAUGGUUGAGUUUGCAUAGUUCUAUAUUGAUGAACCAGAUGCCUAUGCCAGCCAAUUUAAAUCUAAAGAACAUCGUUGUUCUGGAAUUAACAUCAUGCGAUGUUAGAGAUGGUUGGGACUCUAUCCAGAUGGCUGUGAAACUGAAAGUCCUUUCCCUGCGACACUGCCAUUAUAUUACCAGAACUCCUGAUUUUUCACGGUUUACUAAUUUAGAGAGUUUAAGCUUUGAAAACUGUCACCAGUUGGAAGUGAUCGCUUCAUCAAUAGGGAGGCUUAAGAGUCUGGCGUUCCUAAACCUUAGUUUUUUGUCACAACAUUAGGGAGCUACCUCAUUAAGUGGGCUACUUGAAGGCAUUGACUGAGCUCAUUAUUGAUGGAACUUCGUUGCAAGAUAUACCAAUCUUGAGUCACAUGAAGAAGCUCAAAAUUCUCCAUGCAAAGCAUUGCAAGUUUUUGUAUCAGAUUCCCAACUCCAUUGAUCUCGGAACUUCUCUCUCGGAUCUAAUACUUGAUUUUUCUGAUAUCAUCGAGCUUCCUGACUCCAUACAGGCUCUUGUGAAACUACAGCGUCUGUCAUUGAAGAGCUGUUCGUUGUUGACAGCACUUCCAGAUUCCAUUGGGCAGCUGAAGGAAUUAAUCGAGCUUAACUUAUCUUUAACAAGAAGGAUUACUAAGUUGCCCGAUUCCAUUGGAGAUUUAGAAAAGCUGCAAGUGCUCAACAUUGGUCAAUCUGGCAUACGUCACUUAUCGACAAAUCUUGGAAAUAUGAGAAAGCUCAUGGUGCUCGACGCUUCGUUUUGUGUGGAGAUGGAGGGAGAACUUCCUUCUGAGCUCGGGCAAUUGUCCCUCUUAAGGGUCUUGAGAUUAGAUGAUGCAGGCAUUAGAAGCCUUACGCUAUCUAUCAGGAAUCUUGAUCAUCUCCAAACACUCAAUGUAAUAGGAUGCCAUGACCUUCACACUCUCCCUGAGCUUCCUACUGGGUUGACUAAUCUUCAAGUGUCACGACUCGAAAUUUCAGUAGAGUUUCCCCUAUAUUUUCUCGAUAUCCAUUAUCAUAUAAACCAUUCAUUUA